UUUCCAAGAGAUUCUAACGCUUCACAAGUGGAUAUUCAUUCAUAGUUUGAACACUCGUACUUCAGAAUGCAAGUUAAGAAGUUUAAAAUCACCCUCCUCCUAUUUUUGUAUUCAGAAUAUUAUGCUUCUGCGGUAAAAGUUUGCAGUACAUGGCAAGAUUAUUGGAAUUUUUACGGGGCAAACAGUUGUCGUCAGAAUUUGGAUGCCGAAGAUGAAUUUGUUACCAUUGUUGGUAGAUGGGGUCGAAAGGUGGAAACCUAUGAAAUUAAUACCUAUGAUGGUUAUAUUUUAACAUUAUUCAGAAUAAUUGCAAAUCAGCCGAACACAGCUCCAGUUCUUCUUUUGCCUGGUAUGUUCAUGAAUGCGAUAGCUUUCGUGGAUAGAGGAACGAAAUCACUGGCCUAUCAGUUUGUCGAUAAAGGAUACGAUGUAUGGCUGUUGAAUUGGAGAGGCAACAAAUAUAGUAGACAGCAUAUAGAUUUGAAGACAUAUCAAUCACAAUACUGGAAAUUCAGUAUUAAUGAAUUGGCGAUCUACGAUCUCCCUCAAGCUUUAAAAACAAUUAAGGAAAAUAAUAAUCAAAAAGUUCUUGCAGUUGGUUUUCAGAUGGGAAAUACAGCUGCCUUAAUUUACAAUACUUUGUAUCCCGAUGAAGCUCAAAAGUAUUUGAGUGGUAUUGUCUCCCUUUCUCCAACUGGUGCACCAAUAAAUGUUGGCUUAUUAAGCAAACUGAUGUUAUAUUCCAUACCUGUUAUGAUGAAGCCUUUACUGCAGUACUUUUAUCAUGGUGAGGUUCCAGCAAUAUAUACAAAUUUUCGGGCUACAGUAUUUUGCCGCAACGGUGGAGUUUGGUUUGCUAGAUUUUGUGAUGCCUUCUUCAUGUAUUCAUCAGGAUUGGAUCUAAAACAACAGGACCCUGAAACGCUUCGAGUGAUUAUCGCUCAGAAUAAAGAUAGCAACUCCCUCAUGACAUUUGAACAAUAUUACCAAAUGUCAAUGAGCAGGAGAUUUCAGCAGUACGAUUACGGAGAUGGAAAAAAUGAAGUUAUAUAUGGAAGCCGUACUCCACCAGAAUAUGAUUUGAAAAAGAUAAACGUCCCACAACUAUUUUUCGUUGGAAGAAAUGACAAAUCUGGGACUCUACAGGAUGCUACAGUUAUGUAUCAAAAAAUACCAGCCGAAUUUCAAAACGAAUUCCAUGUGAUAGAAUACGAGUCCUUUGGACAAGCAGAUUUUGUGCAAGCUAAAGAUAUCAAUGAUUUCCUUCACACCCAUUUGAUGUCCAGUGUGAUGAAACUAAUUCCACCACAAUCAACUUCACAAGAUGAAUCUCAAUCGUGAUGUAUCCAAAAGUUCUUCAUUCAUAUAUGAAAAAUAAUGAUGGAUUAUCAUAAGAGAAAUGUUUUCUUGAAUUACUUAUUAAAUAUUAAAAUUGUG